GCCUCCUGAGUAGCUAAUAUUACAGGUGUGAGCCACCAGUGCUCUGGGUGGGGCUGGGACUUGUUUAUGCUUCUGCCUGAGCCAGGCAGAUCUGGUAAAGUCACAGAGGAGCACUAAUAAGCCUCCAGGAAGUCUUCUCCUGGAGACCUUUUGGUCCUGGCAGUCCUGACCCCCUAGGCAUGACUUCUGCCCUUCACCCUGGGCCUGCCUCAGCAGCUCUACCAAGCCAGGCCCUGUCACCUAAGCCCAAGCAGGGCUGAUGGCUGUGUGAAGCUAUUUUUAAGUUCAGUCGUGUGUACCUCCCCACCCCCAGCAGCUCUGCUACUGGCCACCUGCCACUGCCUGUCCCUCCUGGAAUGCUGACUGGCAGUUACGUGGAAUGGGGGCUGGGAAGACUGUUAUAAAGCUGGAGUGCUAGGGAGGCAGCUGUCCCCAUCCGGAGCCCCUGUGUCCCCUUACACCAUGGCCGCACACCGCCUAGUAAUGGUCCGUCACGGUGAGAGCACGUGGAACCAAGAGAACCGAUUUUGUGGUUGGUUCGAUGCAGAGCUGAGUGAAAAGGGGGCUGAGGAGGCCAAGCGGGGAGCCCAGGCCAUCAAGGAUGCCAAGAUGGAGUUUGACAUCUGCUACACAUCGGUGCUGAAACGGGCCAUCCGUACCCUCUGGACUAUCCUGGAUGGCACGGACCAAAUGUGGCUGCCUGUGGUGCGCACCUGGCGCCUUAAUGAACGGCACUAUGGGGGCCUCACAGGCCUCAACAAGGCUGAGACAGCAGCCAAACAUGGGGAGGAGCAGGUGAAGAUCUGGAGGCGCUCCUUUGACAUCCCACCACCGCCAAUGGAUGAGAAGCACCCUUACUACACCACCAUCAGCAAGGAGCGCCGCUAUGCAGGCCUGAAGCCUGGAGAGCUGCCUACCUGCGAGAGCCUGAAGGACACCAUCGCCCGGGCCCUGCCCUUCUGGAAUGAGGAAAUUGCACCCCAGAUCAAGGCUGGCAAACGAGUGCUCAUUGCAGCCCAUGGGAAUAGCCUGCGAGGCAUCGUCAAACACCUGGAAGGGAUGUCAGACCAAGCCAUCAUGGAGCUGAACCUGCCUACAGGAAUCCCCAUUGUGUAUGAGCUGGACCAGGCACUGAAGCCCACCAAACCCAUGCGGUUCCUGGGCGACGAAGAGACUGUGCGGAAGGCUAUGGAGGCCGUGGCUGCCCAGGGCAAGGCUAAAUAAGGGGAACAUAAGCAAUAAAAGCACCUCUGCACGCUGCCUUCAGUUGAGCAUGUCUUGCUUAUCCCACUGGCUUUGGGAACCCCAAGCAGGCCUGCAGCUGCCCCCAAUCCCUGUCAACAGCUGACACCAGCCCAGUGUCAACCGCUGACAAGUAGAGGCAGGUGCCAGGGCUGUUUAGCCCUAUACUGUGAACAAGCCUCUGAGGCAACCCUAACUAAAGCUUUAAAGCCAUUUGGUAGCUAUAUUCUCAGCCCACAAUACUCUGGGAACAACCUAAGUGACCAAACCCUGCCACAAGAAGUGAGACCCAUGGACAGGACAGGGCUGUAGUGCUUCCUCACCUGCUGCCUUCAAAGAAUGGAUGCUUCUCUACCAUAGUUGUUACUCUGAGCCCGACGUCAUUGGUGGGGACAAGUAACAUGAAGCCUCAGGCCCACAACAGGGCAGACUCCAUAAGGCCUCUAGUCUUAACAGUGAACAGGGGAGAAGCCUAAGGGAUAGGCAGGAUAUAGGAGGGACUGGGUUGGGGCAUGGCCUGGGGCCAGCAACUUGUCACCUUGACCUGAAGUUGGGAAUCGAAUCCACCUGGCAUUUCCCAGGCUGAAGAGGGAUAUUUUCCCAGAAGGCCAGUGUGGCUACCUUUG